CCCAUCAGGAAGGUUAUCGUUUAAGAAAAUUCAAUCUAUUUUCUUUCUCAUUUUCCCGCAAGCCAAACAGGCUGCAAUCAAAGGAAUCCCAAGGAAAACCCACUUAUAGCUUCGCUCUAAAUUUGGUUCACGCUUUUGUAAUUGCCAAUUAAGAUUAGGACGUAAACACAUAAAGUGUUCUGAAUUUUUUUGGUUUGUUUGAUUUGGUUUUUCUCUGUUUAUGAUCUGUUCAAUAACAAGAACGAUUGCAAUACCUAGAGAAACUGAAAUUCCAAAAUUUUCUUCCAAAUCUGCUCGAUUCUAUGUAACAGAAGCCCCUAACCGCAAAUUCUGCGAUUUGAAGCUGUUAACCUUGUUCCCUGGAAAGCCAUUGGCAAUGGAUCCGUCACCCAGAUCGAAGGGCGCAUCAUUGAUAUUAACAUCGGGUGCAAGCGGCCGGGUGAAUGCUCUGUUUUCCUUACGAGCGUUGCGGAGGCUGUGGGUCACCAUAAGCGCACUGGUGUUGAUUCUACUCUUGCCUUUUCGGGGUAGAAAACGGGCAGCGUUGAUAAAUUCGAGUGACAAGGUGGGGAAGGACGAGAAGGGGGAGAGCGGGAGGAAGGUGGCGGUGGUGCGGGUGCCGGCGGUGAUGGUUCCAUGGAGGAGUGGGGCGGUGGCCUUGGAGCAGGAGGUGGCCGUUCGUCGGGCGCUGGCCAUUCGGAGGGUAAUGCAAGAUAAAGACGAGAAAACGAUACGGGAGAAGUAUCUAUUUGUUACCGCAAGGGGCGAUACGUUGUUCACUCAGUCUUGGAUUCCUGUUUCUGUAAAAGUCAGGGGGCUGGUUAUUCUUUUGCAUGGCCUGAAUGAACACAGUGGUAGAUAUGGUUCAUUUGCAAAGCAGCUGAAUGCUAAUGGAUUCAAGGUUUAUGGAAUGGAUUGGAUUGGGCUUCAAAUAUUGGGAUACCCAUUGCUGCGAAAAAGGCAUGGUGGUAGUGAUGGCCUGCAUGCAUAUGUUCAUUCUCUUGAUGAUGCUGUUGCUGAUAUGAAAUCUUUCCUUGAUAAGGUUUUGACAGAAAAUCCUGGGCUUCCAUGUUUUUGCUUUGGGCACUCAACAGGUGCAGCUAUUGUCCUUAAGGCCGUGCUUGAUCCCAAGGUUGAGGCCCGGGUAGCAGGUAUAGUACUAACUUCACCAGCCGUAGGGGUUCAACCUUCUCAUCCAAUUUUUGUGGUACUUGCCCCAGUUGUGUCAUUUUUGUUGCCAAGGUUCCAAGUUAGUGCUGCAAAUAAGAAGGGCAUGCCAGUUUCUCGCGAUCCAGAGGCAUUAGAGGCCAAGUAUUCAGACCCCCUAGUUUACACAGGAGCUAUCAGGGUACGAACUGGUUAUGAAAUCCUCCGAAUCACAUCCUUCUUACAGCAGAAUUUACAAAGGUUGAGAGUUCCUUUCCUUGUUCUCCAUGGCACUGCUGACACCAUAACUGAUCCUAAAUCUUCUCAAAAACUGUAUGAAGAGGCAUCCUCAACUGACAAAACUAUCGAAUUAUACGAAGGGUUCCUACACGAUCUCCUCUUUGAACUAGAAAGCGAAGCUGUUGUGAAUGACAUAAUCGAGUGGUUAAAUCGUAGAUUAUAAGGUUAGUAGGUAGUGCAGUGAGAAUACCAUGUUCUCUGAUAAAAAUGAGAUGAAUUAGUUGCUUGAAGCAUUCUGCUGAAGUAGAUCAUCAAAGAAACGGUGUGGCUAAAUAAGAUUCAACACUUCUAUGUUGAAACAGAACAAUCAAUAUUUUAUUUUGCAUUGAUGAUAUACGGCUUUGGAUUCUCCAUGUAAACUUUCAUUUCUUUUGUAUCUCAAUGAUGACAGAAGGAACGAGGCAAGAAAGCAGGAUGUCUCAUCAGUCUCAACAUUAUCUUCCUGCCCCUGUAAUCUUUUUACUUGCAUUGAAGAAGAUAAACAUGCAAGAGAAUUGACGUAUGUCAUUAUUUUUUUUCCUAUGAAAUCCUUUGCCCUUUUUUUUCUCUUGGCACAUCUCAUGUUGAGUUGUAAUAAAGAAUAAUACUCCUU